ACAUAUCUCCGCAACAUGAGCGAUUGGGUCGAGAAGGAACGUUUCGGCUUGCCGGAAUAUUUACUCAGAACGUGCCCCUCGUCUCUUCGGGAAGGGCGGAGGUUGAAGACGAAGUUCCGAUUGGGUUGCCACGAUCUCCGGAGCUCGAGCUCCCGAACGCAGCUUGUCCGCAACGCGCAAUGUCCCUGUUGCAAAUCCCGCGAGUCGGAAACGAUUCAACAUGCCCUACUUGAAUGCUCGGCUUUUACGAAAGAACGUGACACGUUCCUUGAACGGUUCUACGAGUUGCACCCUAUCGCGCGUGGCUUGAGCCCCGAAGGUCUUUGCGACGUCCUAAUGAGUGACGACUUACCUCACGAGACUGAGAAUACUAUGUAUAGAUACCUUAUUCUAUUUCGAGGCUCCGGUUGGGCAUCCUGACCGAGCGGGGAGAAGGCUCC